CGUCUAUUCUCAAGACACCGGCGUGACCUGAACCGCAUUGUUUACAUUGACAACCAUGUCCUGUCCAGUGACGAACAAGUCCGAGCUACCGUGUACCCAGACAACACUGUUGUCUCGUCGAAGUAUACUUUACUGACAUUUCUACCAAAGAACCUUUUUGAGCAGUUCAGGAGGAUUGCAAACUUCUAUUUCUUAUCUGUUGCUUGCAUUCAAUUUAUCAUUGACACACCAGUGACACCUUUAACAAGCACUCUACCUCUGAUCUUUGUCAUAUCAGUGACGGCAGUCAAGCAGGGCUAUGAAGACUGGUUGCGCCACCAAGCAGACAAUGAUGUAAACACAAGGAGAGCUGUGAUAAUUAGAAAUGGCAAGCAAGUAAUCGCCCGCGCAAUGGAUAUAAAAGUAGGAGAUAUUGUGAAAGUGCAAAGAAAUGAGGAAUUCCCAUGUGAUCUAGUCAUGCUUUCAUCUGAAGACGCUCUUGGGCAGUGUUUUGUUACCACUGCCAACCUGGAUGGAGAAACAAAUUUAAAGACAUUUACGUGCCUGCAUGAGACCCGCCAUUGCAGCACACCUGAGGAGCUAGGAAAAUUGAGAGCCCGCAUCACAUGCAAGCCACACGUUGCAGACCUGUACACAUUCCAGGGGGUCAUGGAAGUAGAGGGGGAGCCUAACUCAAAAUCUCUGGGUCCUGAGAAUCUACUCCUGCGAGGGGCACGCUUGAAAAACACAGAAUUUAUAUUUGGUUGUGCUGUUUUCACAGGGAAAGACACAAAAAUGGCUUUAAAUUCAAAAUCAAAGCAAACCAAGUUUUCAAGAGUUGAAAGAAAGAUGAACACUUUCCUGGUUGUAUUCCUUGUUGUCUUGUUGCUGGAGGCUGUGCUGUGCACUGCGUUGAAGUUUCUGUUCGAAACCAAGCAUGGAGUUCCAUGGUAUGUGCCCAGGGAAACCUCAAAGGCAAAGGUUGUUAAAGUCAUAGAAAAUACCUUGGCCUUCAUGAUUUUGUUCAAUUAUAUUAUUCCGAUUUCCCUCUAUGUUACAAUUGAAAUGCAGAAAUUCCUGGGAUCACUGUUCUUCAGUUCAGAUAUAGGGAUGUAUGAUCCAACAAUUGAUGAGUGUGCUCAGGCCAACACUUCUGAUCUUAAUGAAGAACUUGGCCAGGUUGAAUAUUUAUUCACAGACAAGACUGGCACUCUGACUGAGAAUACAAUGAUGUUUAGACGAUGCUGUAUUGGCAGUCGCCAGUUUGAGGUGGUAGAUGAAACAUUUUGUGAAAGGCUGGACAAUGGCACCAUUAAAGUCACAUCAGAUGUGCAGUUUACAGAGGAAAUGUACAACUUUUUUAAGGUGCUGGUUCUGUGCCAUACUGUAAGAGUUGACCGUCACCUGGGUCAGUAUGGGGAUGAGACUGUUUGGUAUAACUCAACGGAAGAAGAGUAUGAAUAUCAAGCAAGUUCCCCAGAUGAGAAGGCACUUGUAGAAGCUUGUUGCAAAUAUGGAAUCAUUUACCAUGGUACAAGUGACGGCAUCCUUCGGGUCUCAUUUCACCAGGAGAUGAAAAUAUUUAAGCUAUUGCAUACAUUACCCUUUGACCCUAUGAGGAAAAGAAUGAGCAUUAUUAUUCAGGAUGAAAAUGAACAGUAUUAUCUGCUGUGUAAGGGAGCUGAAGUUGCAAUACUAGACAGGGUUGUGAAUGGUGACAUUGACAGAGUUCAGACCCUUAUCAAUGAAUAUGCUGUGUUAGGACUGCGAACCCUUGCCAUAGCAGAGCGUAAACUCUCAUUAGAGGAGUUCCAAGAAUAUCAUGAGAAGUUGAGAAAAGCCAAAACGUCACUGCACAGAAGGGAUGAAAUGUUGGCUGAAGUUUACAAUGAGAUAGAGCAACAACUGACACUUCUUGGAGCCACAGCUGUUGAGGACAAGUUACAGGACCAGGUGCCUCAGACAAUCGAGGCUUUGAGGAUGGCAGGGAUUAAA